GAGAUUUCCAUUCAAACCCACUUAUUUCUGAGCGGAAGUUAAGGAGACAAGUUACAUAAUGGCGAACUCUACGGCUGAUUCCAUUGAGAGGUCGGAUUCAGGUAACAAAAUCUUCAACAUCGGCUCAGAUUCGACAUCCUCGUUGAGAUUGGAUGAACUUCCAGACUCUAAGCAAGGCAAUUUGGAAGCGCAGGAAAGGCAGUCUCAAUUAGCAGAGCUUAAAGUUCAUUUUGAUUUGAUCGCCGGGGAGGAUGGUCUGAUCGAUGAAGAGGAGUUUUUGGAGGCAAUUCGCACCGACAAUACGCUCUUGGCCAAGAAUGUGUUUUCGCUCUUUGAUCGCGAUGGGGACGGUUAUAUCACGGCCCAAGAGUUCAUGGAUUUCAUGGAUCGCUUCCGGGAGCCGGAGGACAAGAUUGAUCUCCUAUUUCUUACAUACGAUUUGAAGAGAAAUGAGAAGUUGGAUCGAAAUGAGCUCGAACUCGUGCUCAGAGCUAUGGUUAAAUCCAGCUCCUUGCCUUUGGAUGAUAGGAGUGUGGCUGAGAUGGUGGAUCUCUUCUUCGAGGCUGGGGUCCAAGCUUCGCGCGAAAUUGACCCUGACAAUCAGAAGAUUGAUUACAUUUCCAAGGAAGGUUUCCGACGCCUGAUUGAAAAGGAUCCAGAAAUAUCCAAGGACGUAUCCACUUUGGUCGAUCAUUGGCUAGGGGCUUUGCAGAAGAACUCCAAACCACGAGCCCCGAAGAAUCCCGAGGAACAGGCCAUAGAUUUAGCCACAAGGACUCAAUCCCAUCCCACCUAUUACGGAUUAUUGCUCAUCUACCUUCUCGUAAUUGUUAUUAUGAUGAUGAUGGGUGGGAUUUGGCAUGGAAAUACCAAGGACAAGAAUGGCGACCUGAAUAUCACUCUAAUCAUGGCUCGCAUCUUUGGAUUCCCACUCAAUCUUGUCUGCACUAUGGUCUUUGUGUUUAUGUUGCGGAAAUUGCUGAAUGGCCUCCGAGAACUUGGGUGGGGCAAAUACCUUCCACUGGAUCAUCACACCGCCUUCCACAUCCUCAGUGGAUGGAUCAUAUUUGUCUUUGGGAUGGUGCACACUAUAGUUCACUUUAUAAAUUUUGGCGUCAACGUUGUUCCCGAUCCUCUAAAUUACCUGCACCAAAACGGCCUUACACCUACAAUGGUGGGUUAUCAUCCCCCACCAGAAGGGGGGAAAUAUUCAUUCCUAGAGUGGAUGUUGACCACCCGACCAAACUUGUUCGGACUAAUUGCAGGAUGGGCCAACUUCACCGGUGUUUUUUUGAUCAUCAUUGUCUGCGUGAUGUUCUUCACCUCUCAGCCGUACGUUCGGCGGGGUGGUUACUUCAACUUGUUCUACUUCUGUCAUUGGCUUUACGUUCCGUUUGCGGUACUUCUGGUUCUACACGCCCCGAAUUUCUCGUACUUCUUCCCUUUGGCCGGGUUCUUUCUGGCUGAAGGCAUCAUUCAGAAGAUGAUGUACGGACACAUGACCACCGAAGUGGAGUCGGCUUUUCUCCUUGAUCCAAAGUGCAUUUGCCUCGUGAUUGGAAAGCCCGAGAACUUGGCGUUUCGGACAGGAGACUGGAUAUCUGUGAACAUUCCAAGUAUUGCUCAAUACGAAUGGCAUGCCUUCACCAUCUCUAGUAGCCCAGAGUUGCCAAACAUACUAACUUUACAUAUUAAAGUUGUGGGGCCUUGGACACAAGCUCUUGAAGAUCGAAUCUUCGUGGACCAUCACAAUCAAACCAAGGGCCAAACAUGUAUUCGGCACAAUUGCAAUCUCAAAUAUCUGCCCCAUUCGUACAACAAUCGGGCGAUAAUGGUAUCUUAUGCCAGAAACACUGCUCAGCUGAAGGAAGUUACUUCAAAAACAGAAGUGGCGCGACGAACCCUUCCAUCUUUGGAGAUCCGUUUAGAUGGACCCUUUCACGCCCCGGCCACGAGCAUCUUUGAGGCGGAACACGCGGUGCUCGUCGCAACUGGUAUUGGAGUGACUCCCAUGGCAUGCAUUCUGCAAUCUGUUCUCCAGCGGCACUUAAAACGAGUGGUAAACUGUCCCUCCUGUCAAACAAGAUUCACGGCCCCUCAAAACGAAGAUGUAGGAAACUUGAAGAAGCUCGAUUUUAUCUGGGUAGUCAAAGACCCCAGUGAAGCCAUGUGGUUUUUGGACCUUCUCACAGGGAUCGAAAUGGAACAAGAGACCCUCGGUUCGAAUCUCCCCAAGAUCAUCUCAAUCACAAUUUACGCGACCCGAGCUUGGUCAAACAUCGACAUGGAUACACUGGCCCUGAGACUAGCCAUGAACCUUUAUCACAAAGCUAGAAGACGAGAUAUCAUAUACGGAAUCAAGACCAAGAUGAUCGGCGGAAGACCAAACUUCUCAGAAAUAUUCACCAAACUGAAAGUCUCACGUGUUGGUGAUGUUAGCGUCUUUUUUUGUGGAAACUCAACAGUUGGAGCGAUCUUGGAGAAGAAAUGUGAGCAACACAAGUUUUCCUUCCAUCAAGAGGUUUUUUAAAUCGCAAAAUGACAAUGUUCGUUAAAGAAAACCAUUUAUGUAAAUACAAAAUAUUCUUGUGUAAACUUA